UGCCCGUAAUGUCAAUCUCGCCUGGACACGGUGAGCAGUGACGCAAUACGGGGACACCGGGAAACGGGCAAUCUACUCCUCGCACCGAGAGGACCGAGGAUGUGUGUGCAAGCCCAAACGCGGAAAGCCCACGCGCAUGCGUGUCUUGCGUACCAAGUUUACCAAGUCCCAUAAUCGAUAUCCCUGUCCCGUUCUCACCCCCGUCGCUCUGGAUGGAAGGGUUGGAUAGGGCACACGCCAACCAAGCCAACAUAUCACCCUCCUGUACGGUUAGGCUGUAGUCGAGCUGGACGCGUUCGGCAGUCGCAGUACGCAUUUACCACGCAUCGUCAACGUUAGCGCCUAAACCGUGCGAGCCUUUUCCUCGGUGUAACCGACGUGCUCUUUCGCUCUCUCGCGCGCGCACCGGAAAUACUUAUCAAAGGGGAAGUGGUAGAAGGGAACCGUGGACGGGACAGGGUCGAACUUUGGUAUCGAUUUUUCUACACUGCACCGCUCGGGCCGCAGUACAAACUGUGACGCGCCAGUAACAGGUUCCGGCGCAAAGCAUUUCCUUGGUGAUGCGUUCCAGCCCGGUGGUGUGGACACUGUUGGAACGGCUAGUGCUGUAAGAAGGUCGGUAGCGGGAACCGGUGCCGGCACCGUAUUGAAUGUCGCCACCGCCACGAACCGCCGCGAUACGUUUGCGUUUGCGGAAGACAGUGUUGGCGCAGCGGCCCAACACGAGACGGCCAAUCGGCAAGCAAAGGCACCGGCAACCGUGGCCCGCCAAGAUGUGGGUCUCGACGAACAAGGUGCUGAUCGGGUCGGUCGGCGGGCUAAAGAAGGCACACUGCCGCAAUCCGAACUUUGACUGCGAAGAGACCAAGCUGCUGAUAUCGCUGUGGGGUGACCCGCAGGUCCAGCGGACGCUCAUCACCACCCACAAGAAGCAUCCGGUCAUUGCGAAGCUGGCGGAAAAGAUGCGCGAGUACGGGUACAACCGGUCGACGGAGGAAAUUAAUACGCGCAUCAAGAAUCUCAAAUGUUUCUACAACCGCAUCAAGAAGGAUCUGGAAACGGGCGUCAUUAACGAACCGUCCUGGAAGCACUUUCACUCGAUGGACGAAAUAUUGACGCGACCCGUGUUUGGCGGUGCGAAUGCGGCCAGCCGCUACCGACCGACACCGUGCGCGUCCGGUGGAACGACACCCGGACCGUCCGGCAGUGGGCACCCAUCCCGGCUGUCGGCCGGUUCGGGGACGAGUGGGCCCGCCGACCUGCCGCCCGACCUGGAUCCGGACCAGAUCGAGGUAAAGCUGGAGCUGGUGAGCGACGACGAGAAGGAGCUGCGGCCGGAAGAUCUGCUGAAGAACGCGGAACAGGUAGAGCUGAAGGAACCGAACCUGCUGAUACCGAAGGAUGAACCGAUGGAGGAGGAGGAAGACGAUCCAAACGAUCCGGACUUUGAGGAUGACGGUGGCAGCGAGACGGACGACGAAAGUUCCGGCAUGGACGAGGCGGACGAAAGUGAUCGAUCCACGCGCCUUCGACGCCGCACAAGACGUGCCCACAAAUCGAAGAAAUCCAACGUUCCAACGCCCGGUGGGAAGAGCACAUCGACCACUGGCACCCCGGUACCCGGAAGCAUCAAGAUCAUCAAUUACACCGCCGGCACCAACUUUAAUGUGUCCUCUGUGGCAAACGUCGUCAGUGUCGCUUCCAGUGCCGCCAGUACGCUCGCCGGCCGGAAAACGGAUGCGUCGGCCACAACAACCACGACCACGGCGCCGAGCAAAAUUUCGCUCGUUCCGACCAACUUCCUGCUGAAACCGCAAGCGUCCACCAUUGGCUUUAAGCAACCGAUACAGCUGUACACCAAACCGACCGUCUCGAUCGCGUCCACCAUCCCACCAUCCUCGGGAGUACCGAUCAGUGCGGGACCCGGUACGGCACCUGCCGGCACAGCCACCGCUGCACCGAUGAAAGUGUUCCUGGUCAACACACUCUCGAAGGAUGGAUCCGCACCGAAGCAACAGCUGAUCAGUGCGGCCGGUGCGACCAAACCGCUCUACACCACCACGACCGGUGUAUCGUUGCAGGGAACGUCGCACGUGUCCGGUCUCCCCCAGAUCAGCAUCCAGCCCAAGCAACUGCUUACGGCCACCGGUGCAACGACGCUGGGAAGAAAAAUUAUCCAUCCCACCGCAGCCACCACCGUACGUCCGGUGGGUCGUGCCGCUGACCCACCGACACCGAAGCUCGGUGGCUUUAAGUCGUUGCUGAAUCAGCUCGUUGGGUUGCAGCGUGAAAAUUUGGGCAUCACGAAAACACACCUAGUGACCGAGCGGGAACGGUUCGGGAAUGAGAAGUCGGUCGCUAAAUCGCUGCUGGAGGCGCUCGGUGAGCUUAAUGGGCUGCUGGCGGAAAUUAACGGCGAGCUGCCGGACGUGAAACAUUCCGACGGGGAGGGUGAGCAUGAGUCCACCGUUAAGAACGAUAGUUGUGCUGCAUCAAGUGUGCGGCGCAGCAUCAGCAGACACGAUGAUGAGGACAUGAAAGCGGAAGUUAUAAGUGAUUCGGAGUAAGAUUAGAGGGAAUAAAUCAUGGCCGUAAGGUAAAGCCGAGUUUACAAAAAA